AUGUAUGAACAAGAACGCACAAAAGUGCAUCGGUUAGUAAGGUCAUGGGAGGGGUUCAAACUUAAACAGACAUAUGGCCAGUAUUUUGAAUUUCCAAAGCUGAAAAGUGAAUUAUCAAUUAUUUAUUCAUCUGAUCAGUUUAAUAAAACACAUAUUUAUAAACUUCUAGAAUAUUUGAGAGAAACAGAUUUAACAACUGUCCUACCACAAGUUAGUAAAUUAUGUGCAUUAGUUUUAACUAUUCCUGCAACCAGUGCUUCUGCUGAAAGAUCUUUUUCGGCUCUAAAAAGGAUAAAGACUUAUUUAAGAAAUAAUCAAAGUCAAAAUAGACUUUCAAAUUUAUCUUUAUUUUCUAUAGAAAAAUAUGUUUUAAUGACUACAAAAUGUGAACCAAAUUUGUAUAACGAUGUGAUUAACGAUUUUCUAAAACAAAAUCGAAGAAUCGAGUUGUCUUAUAAGUAG